CGACGAAGUACCUUGGCGAAGGCGUAUACGUGUGGCCCGGUGGCUCCCCGCAACCUCUGAACGGAGCAGAGAAGAUGUUUAUACCAGAAUGGUCCUAUCUUGUUAGCACAUGUUCGUGGGGAAUGAUUGCAAGCCGAUGCGCGCUUUUGCCCUGCAUUCGUACUUCAAUGGCAGAUAUGGCAAUCGGCAAUCCUGUUUAUGAACGACGCGCUCCAGCAUGGAUUGGACUGCAGCUCUUGCGAAUCGCUGUAGAGAGAACAACGAGGGCGAAAGCAGAGUGGGACAACAUCCCCUCUGAUCUCCAGAGGAAGAUCCUGGACGUCUUCACUCCGGCGCUUCCGAUGUUCCUGUCGGUCCCGCCGUCUGAGGAAGAUGAGAUGAGGUUGCUGCCUGUACCAUCCGUUGAGUGAAAAAAAAUCACAAAAGUCGGCAUCGACCAAGCCAACCAGCUCGCCAAGGUCGCCGAAAC